GAAUUGACUUUGAGUAUUUUUCGACCACAUUACACUGAUAUGAAGAAUGAUUUGGUAUAUCGCUAUUAAAGUGGACAAUUUUUGAGAAAAUGAGAAAUCCAUGGUCAUAAUCUCAGAUUCAAAAAUUCCCAAAAUAAUUAUGGCACGCCGCAACGGCAUUUCAGCAUGUGUAGUGUGUACCUAAGAUAUUUCCAGGAUCUAAAUGCAAUCACCGAGAUAUAAUAUCGACUACACCUCUGGACAUAACGAAAGACAUGAUAAUGAAGGAUUGUGAUAUACUAUACACAUUUAUGAAGGUACUCCUAAAAAAAGAAAUGGAUUCUGACGACGACACAGAUCGAAGGGUCGGUAUUGCUGCAUCGGUGUUGCUGAAUUUAUCGAAUCAAGACCUAAACAUAUACGCUGAAAAAAUAGCUGUUAUGCUAGUUGCCUCUGGUAAAUAAUAAUUGAUUUAAUGAGAAAUUGUGAUAUAAAUGGGAUUUCAUUUAAUAAAUUGCUUAAAACAUAAUAUGAUUAAAAUGAAUAUUCGCCAAAUACGGAAGUAGAACACCAGUUCAAUUUAUCUCCCCCUCCCUCCCUUAUAGAUGUUUAAAUAGCAUCUUGGCCUCAGUUUCAAAGUUUAAAAUAGGCCUAACAAAAUCUAUAUAACAGGUAUUUCAAAUAGUGUCUUGGAUAUACUCGGCUCAAUGGGGAUCACUUGCUGUAGAAAAACUGCAAAAGAUAUUAUCAAAGCAGCAGGAAAUGACUGUAGCAUGCUUAUAAAGAAAGUAGUUGAGUUUGGAGAAGCCACACAUGACGACGCAGUAGAGGAUGCGCUGACUCUUUUAGAUGAACUUAUGGAUGAGCAAUACUUAUACAUGGGAAGAAACAAUCUUCCACACAGAAUGAUUUAUAACGAGACUGGAGGAGUUAGUAUAGUAUAUGAGCAGGAAGCUGAGACGUUGGCCAACACAACGAACCCUCAACAGCCAGCUGUAGACUUGAUUGGCGAUAACUUCAACCGGGAAAUAGGAAAUGCUCGAUGGGGAAAAAAUGAGUCAAUCGAUGUAUUCCACAUAGCAGGAAUAUGCCGUCAAGUUAGAGCACCCACAAAUCUAUCACGUACCGAUCCAGAAAUACAACUUGACCAAAUGGAAGUGAAACAUCUCUGUCCAUCUUCUAGCGACCUAAACAAGUUUUCAGAGCAAGCAGUGGAUCUAGUCAUGAUAGUCUUAUCACGUAGAGAUGAUGAUCUUUCGUUUUGCCGAGGGUGGAUAGAUCCCCAUAUAAAGCAUCCACUAAGGAAGACUAUGGACCAAGCGACUGUGACUGUCCCGUUGGGAAUCAUUCCUGAAAAUCAGACAAGUACCGCUGCUAACGUCCGAAUAUUGAACGAAUGUGAGCAAUACAUGAACAAGAAGAACCUGACUUUUUUUUACGGUGACUACCUAACACGUGAAAGACUUCAAGGCGCAAAAAUAAGUCUUUCGAGUGUGCCGGACUUACUCUUACACAGUACGGUAGAGGCUGACGGCAAUUUUCAUACCCUGAUUGUGUUGUUGACGAGUAUUAUGAAGCUUAUUCAUUCGGAAGAAAGUAAGCUUGAAAAGGCAACAUUCACCGGGACAUGUUACUCUUUAGGCAACUCAAAGGCUGCAACAACUAAUGUAAAGGCGAGCUACAUAAAAACCAGAAAUGCUUUUAUGAUAUACUUUGAAGCGGUGCUUCAUUCAGCGUGGUUGAAGAUGCUCGAAGACUACCCUAUCAUAAAAGAAGAGUUGGAGUCGGCAAGAAAAACUGGCAGGAUCGCCUUUCUCGAAAGAUUUAGAUCAGAUGUGACCAAAUUGUUAAAACGCUUGUUACAAUUUGAUGAGAAACAUUGGAUUGAUAAUCGGAAACCGCUUCCUUGCAGAUUUUGUCAGGAUAAGUUUACAAAUAGAGGGCUGAUAAGGAGACACUUAAUGGAGAAACACUGCGAUACUGAAAAAGCAGCAGAGACAAUCAUUAAAGGAGAUUUUGGACAUCUAUUUGAGGAUGAUGAAAUGUUCAACUAUGGACGAUUAGUGAUCUACUUGGGACUACUUUUCACCAAUUUAGAGAAAUCGAUUUCAUAUGGGGAUGGUGAACGAGAAACACUUUGUCUCAAGCUGACGAUACCCAUCUUUAGACGAAUGGGUAGGACUAAAUAUGCCCACUCUAUGGUCAGGCGUGUUGUGAUGCUAAAAAGUUUGCUCUCUGAAGCAGAAGCAUACGAGUACCGUCACAAUACAACAGUUGGGCUAGGAGUAGGACCGGGCAAGCGAAAAUCAGCAGAUUAUUACAUGGAGCUUCUUAAUAACAUUCUUUCUACGAUGAUGGGCAAGAAUUUUACCCUAGAAACGAUGUCAACCACGGCUAAUGCUUUGGCAUAUCUGUAUACCAUCAAAAAGACUGUAGAAGACGAAAUAAGAGGAAUCAAAAGAAAAAAAAACAAAAAGGCUGAGAUCACUGGAACCUAUGAAAAGGUUCUUGGUCAAGUGAAAUGGGGAGCAUUUUUCAAAUUCACACCAGAUAGAAAAUCUCCGGCGGGCUUAUCUAUCAAGAAAAACAUACAUUAUGAUAAUAAGAGCAAAAAGACCUUGACAAACUGGCUGGGCGACAGCCUCACACGAUACCAGAAAACCUACAGUAAAUUCAAAACCUGUGCUGAAAUUAACCUGAUCGACCCAAUUGACGACCCAGAUGAGGAUGUUGAUGAGGUAGUUUCAUCACCACCGGAGGGUGAAGAAGAUAAAAGCGAUGAUGAUGAUGACAAUUUAGAAGAGAGGGAGGAGUUUUUGGUUCAGUUUGCAGAUUUUGUCAGCAGUGUUAGCGAAACUGGUUAAAUCAAAACAUU